UCUUCAAAUCUGUGUCACAGCCUUGAGGACUCAGAACAGUUCCACAAAACCUUGUCACAGUACGAAAGUUCACCAUUCGUGAAUCACCCAGUAGACGAUUUCCUCGAAGAUUUCUUUGUCUAAGUCAGUCCAAAGUUUGCGCACGGUAAUCGAUAUUUUAUGGGACGUCGUAGAGCCUAUUCAGCUCAUCCAGAAAAUGGAGACAACCCGUGAAAAUAUGGCGAAGCGACUGCACCGGAUCGCAAUCCAUCACGGAGCAUAGAACGUCCCGACAGAAAAGCUCCUCCCUGAUGGCAGAUUGCGGACUGGCCUUGAAUACCCGUUGAAGAGCACCCGUUAUCGAGGACCAUGCAACUGGUCCCCUCCAUAGAAACCGGUAGCUCCGACAAUUACACCGUCCAACCUAUGGGACAGGUGAAUAUAAAGGCAGUCGGACGAGCGUGGCGGCUAUUAGUGUCCGUCUGCGUCCGACGACCGGUUCUCACUUCGCAGACUCUCGUAAAUCGGUUUCAUCAGCUGAUCGAACCUGUUCCACCUGGGUCAAAGUGUCACGCGAACUUUCGAUAUGCACACGAUCUCGGUGAUCCUUUCGAUCGUUGGACUCGCGGUGCUGGCGGACGCCUCGUGGCCUUCGUGCGCCGGGAAAACCAUGCUGAGAUCCGCAGGUUUAUCCUGCGAGGAGAAACAGGCCAUCUUAGACGAGCAUAAUCGUCUGAGACAGCUGGUGGCUUUGGGGCAAAUUCAUGGACAGCCGGGUGCCGAGAAUAUGAGGGAGAUGGUCUGGGACGACGAACUCGCGGCGAUCGCGCAGAGGUGGGCGAGUAGGUGCGCGGAAAUUCACGACAAUUACCGAAACGUCCGUAGGUUCGCAGUGGGGCAAAAUAUCGCUCGUACAUGGACAACGAGACCUCCGGGACCGUUCGACGACGAACCGAACUGGAGACAGAGGAUCACGGAUUGGUUCAACGAGGUGCAGCAUUAUCGAGCCGGUUACAGUGACGCGACCGGUCACUACACUCAGCUCGUCUGGGGUGACACGUAUCUCGUGGGCUGCGGAUACUCCUUCUACUACGACCCUGCUCGAGGCUACACCAAGAACUACGUCUGCAACUACGGACCUAGCGGGAACGUGCUCGGCUUUCAACCUUAUCAAUCAGGACAGCCUGCUUGCGGCACCUACGGGAUGGUUUAUUCGAAUCGAUACGCUGGACUUUGCUCCGGACAGAAUUAUUACCACCUGGGAGCCCUCUGUGCGUACGGCCGGUAAAAUAGGAAAAUCUGUCGAAUCGAAGAAAGUGGAAGUUUGUCGAUAAUCGCGUCGAGAGCGAUCGUCGGAUCUUCUCUAAAAUCUAGUUCAAUGUUUCUAGUCUACGAAAAAUGUAGUCGGUUAGGUUGUAAAAAAUAGUUAACCUUUUAAGAAGUUAAUUAGGUUGGCUGUGGAUUAUCGUGUACAUGCUGUAACGGAGGAAACUCGUUAAACGGAGAUCCGAUAAGCCGCGUUACAAAACCUCGUUGAACGUGUUAAACAAAAUUAAUUGGGAAGCGAAAUCGAUCCACCAUUUUCGAGGCAUUCGGUAAGGUUCUAAUCACAUUUUGACAUGAAAAAAUAAACCCUUGUAGCUGUAAUAGCUAGCUAUGCAAAUUAUAGAUUAAGGGGUAUUCAAAAAUAUUCAAACAUUUCAAAACCUUGACAAUAAAUUAGCGACUAAAUUCUAUAAGUUACGGGUUAGAAUAAGUUAGGAUUAAUCAAAAGUUGUACACAGAGUAGAACAAUAAAGGAAUUUGAAAAAAAGCGCAGCAUAAUUUGAAAUUCACUUGACCAAAGUACCUGGGUAUUCUUUACGAUGCAAGCGGAACGUUAUGCAGUCAUAAAACACCGAAUACCACGUCGUUUAACCGAAUACUGACAUAUGUAUUUCAGGCAUUAUGUCCAACAUGUUAUUUUCCCCGCUAAACGUGGCUGCAUGCAAUUUUUAAAAGCGUACGAUGCUUCCUGUUGUCGGAACACGAAUCUCUUUUACGUCCAAACUUAUGGUGUGCUUUUAUUUUACGACG